AUGAGGACGAUCACCACAAGCGACCCAAUACUUGCCGCACUUUAUUCAAAUCGACCAGGAAACGGAGCAAUUAAACUUCGAAAUCGCAAUCUCAAUCUCAUAAACGCAACAUCAACAUUGCGGCGCCGUCGUUGGACUGCCUUUGCAAGCCGUUCAAAACCUCCGAUUCCCGUUUCUAACAGCAUUGACGUCAGGGACUCGUGGAAAUGGUUUUCUAGACUUGUUUCCUGUUACUUGUUAUUAUCUCUUAAUACAGUUGCCGUGGCCUCUGAAUACUUAGCUCCGUAUACUUAUGCCUGUGAGGACAUUACCAAUUACUAUUCCCCUGUGAAGCAUUUGAGGUUAAAAGGUGAAGCACUCAAGAGAAAAUUGAAUAGUAUCAUUGCUCCGCAUCAUUCAUUGUCCUACCAAGAGGUGUGGGAUGCUCUCAAAAUUCUAGAUGCUGCUGAUAUUGAUAAUCCGGAAGCUUCAUCGGGAAUAGUCGAAAUAUACUCUCUGAGAGUUGUUCCGAAAGGGUUAUCUGGAAAACCACAAGGAUGGAAUAGGGAGCAUCUUUGGCCUCGUUCUUAUGGGUUGGCAACUGUUCCAUCUUUGACUGAUUUACAAAACAUUCGCCCUGCUGACGUUAAUGUGAAUUCAUCAAGGGGAAACAAGUACUAUGGGGAAUGCAUAACUAGCUCGCCCAAAUGUUUGAGGCCAGCCAACAAAGAAGCUGCUUCGGACACUGAAGCAGACAAGAGGAUCUGGGCACCACCUAAGCAGGUUAGGGGAGAUAUUGCAAGAGCAUUAAUGUACAUGGCAGUCUGUUAUGGGUUUCAACAACCAGGGGGAAGUCCUGCUCUUCGCCUUUCGGACACUCCAGAUGUUGAAAACAGAGAGAUGGGACUGCUUUCCACAUUAUUAGAAUGGAAUGAAGUCGAUCCACCUUCAAGGGAAGAGAAACUGAGAAAUGAAAGGAUAUGCAAAUUUUAUCAACAUAAUCGGAAUCCUUUUGUUGAUCAUCCGGAGUAUGCCAAACUUAUAUGGAAGAGUGUCAUUUCAAUGCGUACUCCUCAUAAUUAUAGUGAUGAUAAAGGAAAAGAAUUGGGACGAGUGUCUCAAUUACCUCAACUGUAG